AUGUUUUUAAUUUUAACGAUUAGACAAGAAAUAUUAAGCAAAGAAGGGAAAAUUGCAGAUGAAAAAAGAGAUCCAAAACACGGCAAAAGCAUUGAUCGUGACUACUACGUAGUACGACCCAUUCCACCUCCUUUUCUUAUUUCUAAUUAUAGAAAACCUUCGCGUCUUCCAGUACUAUUUACACUUCGAUCCAAAAGACCCCCACCCAUUACAAGUAAGCCUUACACCGUUGAAUUACCUCUUAUAAGUCUAGCUGCACUUCAACAACAUGCUAUUCAUCAAAUGAUACCAUUUGCAAACUAUAAACAUUCUCCUAAUUCACACCAGAAUCCAUAUAUAAAAAAUAUACCAUUUCAUUUGGCACCAAUCAGUCCACCAACUCAAGUGCACGAACCCCAACCUAUUAGAAACGUGGAAUAUGAAAGAGAUGAGAAAAGGACCCAAAAGUACGUACCGAUUAUAUUACCAACUGAAAGACCUGAGAACGAGGCUGUUAGGCACAAUAAUGGUCCUCCUCAUUAUCGUGUGCCUACAAGGAUUAAUGUAGAAAAUACCGAAGAAGUCAACGUAUACUUAAAGGCCAAGAUACAAGCAUCAUUAGCUAUUGAAGCGCCAUUCAAGGAUUUUCGGCUUAUGCAAGAGCUCUUUAACUACCCGAACCGAAGAAUUGCCACUGUAACGAGCCAGAAACUUCAAAAACACUUAUGGUAUCUAUCUGAACACCUCAUCCCGAUGAGCCUUUUUGGUUCCAGGAUACUUCCAGAAUCAAAAAGAUUAAUGGUUGCAGCUAUGCAAAAAGAAGCUCCUGAACACCCUCCAAAACAUGCUACCGAUACGAAAUCUUCUGCAUUUUUGGAGAGCAGAGAUAUCACAAACCACCAAUACCAACCCAAUGUUGAAAUAAUAAAAGCUGUAGGCUUUUACGUACCUACUGAAGUACCACAUGAUAAUCUUGAAAACAUUAAGGAUCACUUUAUAGAUCUGGCUGCUACAGAAGGAGUUAGACAUAUACCUGAAGGUGAACAAGACCAAGUUACUAACGAAAGAAUUCCUCCUGCAUAUACAGAAGAUUCUAACGUGGGAUUAGACACGGAGGAAGAACUGAAUGACAUGGAAACUGUUUAUAUAAAUCAUCAGAAUCAAUAUGGUCAAUUCGAUAGAAAAUCAGCAAUGCUUGAAGACAGUAAAGUUUCGUCACCUAAGAAUAUUUACGAUAUUAUGGAUUCACCUAAAUAUAAUGAUACAUUUGAGAAAAGAACACGAAAGGAAACAGUUUUAUCUAAACCAAAUAAAACCAAGGAUUUGUAUACAGAAGAAGAAAGUGAAGAGGAAAUUGAAUCCAAACUUGAUUGCAAUGAAGACAGUUGUAAUUCAGAAGACGCAGAUAACACGUCCAGUACAGAAGAUAAUAAAUACACAUCUGAAGAAAGUUAUGAGAAGGAAGUAAAUAAGGAAGAGCCAAGUGAGGAAGAUACUGCAUCAAAUCUUGAAUGCGAGGAUGGCAAUUGUGAUUCGGAAGAUGAAAUAACUGUUUACAGUAAUGAAAAAUACGAAACUUUGAUAACUACAGAAGUAGAUAAAAUAAAAAGAAAGAAAAAUGAAGGCAACAAGGGUGAAAUCAUAACCGAAAUUGAAUGCAAAGGAAGUGAUUGUGCAUUAUUAGAAGAAGAAGUGAAAAUGUCCGAUGACGAAGAAAAUUUAAAAGUUAUUUCCUUAAACGAUCGUAUUGACAGCAACACCAAGUUAGUGUUAGUCCUGCCUCCAGAAAAUGUGGUCGUUAGUAAAAAGACUCACAAAAAGAGAAGCACCGACGACUCAUUUAACGUUAAUAUUGGAGCUGGAUAUGGUGUAGGAGUAGAUCAAAAUUUAAAUUUGCCCAACAGUACAACUACGAUUAACUCUGCAAAUUACAUCACUGGAUUAUUAAAGAAUGAAGCUGUUAUUGUGGGGCGACCUCUCCAACCCUUGCCUCAGCCAGAAGGAGAAAUGUUGGAAUCCAGAAGCAUUCCAGUCAAGACCGAAGUUAAACAGGAAGAACCUAAGAAAGGCGUAAUGAACUUUAAGGAAAUCCAACAAAUAAUUCACAACGUCGAUGACAACUCUGAGUAUUCCAAAAUAGUACAAGUCGUAAAAGUUCCAGCAGUGUAUGAAAUCCACCUAGAAAAAGUUGCUCCAGCCAAAAAGGCGGUUUCAGAUAACAAUAAAAAAUACAUACAUCCGAUAAAUAAUUUAUUAAACAAUCCUAAAAAAAUAUUAUCAAAAACUAAAAUCAAACCAAAUCGAUCGAAUAACUAUGUGAAGAUUGAUGAUUGGCAGGUGGAAAGAGACAGGGAGCAGAGAAGAUGGCACCCAAAUCCUAUAAGAAAUAUAAAUCCCCAUACGAAUUUUCAAGGUGUGGAAUACAAUAACUUUAAUAAACCGAUUAUAAGGGAGAAUAAUGGUCAUGAAAUUGUUAGGCAGAAAAAGACCACACAACUGGGACAAAAUCAUUUUCCGUUUUAUCAGCCGACAAUUUAUACUAAUAACUUGUAUAGACCACAACCAAUAACAUUCGAAACUCCUCGAUAUAAUCUACAGCCAACAUCACCAAAGAAAGCGGUGUAUUCAACUCUUUCUCACAUAGUACCCUACAAUCUAAGAAGAAGAUUCCAGGAUCCCGUUCAAAGAUCGGAAGUUCGAGACAACAAUUUUGUAUAUGGAUCACACAAGGAGAAAGUGCUUAAUCCAGAUGAGAUCAACAUCACCAUGCAACCUGGUACAACAGUAGUAACACUUCCCAAACUUGAGUCAGAACAUGAAAGAAAUUUUGUAGUCACUGAUCCACCUGUAAAACCAUGCCAACAGGGAUACAGACAAUCUGAGACCAAAGAACUAAUGGAAGCUGUUGAAAGUAAAGUCGAUAAUGUCUACUUUACUACAAACAGACCUUUUUCUAAAGACCACAAAGACAGAUCUAGUAGAGUGUUUAAUAAGAUGUCUACAAGAAGACAUGAUCUAGUACCUGUUAAGUAUAUAUUAUAUAUAGAUAGGAUUUAUCACGAUGGUUGGUAGAAUUUACUUAAAAUAUUAGCUUUAAUUAUUAUAAACAUUUAAUUUAAUAAAC